GGCCACGCCCACUUCCGCCCCGUGCGCCUCGGCAUGGCUGCUUUGGGCGUGCUGCUCUGUACAGGUGUCCGGAGGCUGCACUGCGGCGCCGCGGCUCGGGCGGGCGGCCAGUGGCGACUCCAGCAGGGCCUUGCUGCCAACCCCUCCGGCUAUGGGCCUCUUACGGAGCUCCCAGACUGGUCUUACGCGGAUGGCCGCCCUGCUCCUCCAAUGAGAGGCCAGCUUCGAAGAAAAGCCCAAAGGGAAAAGUUUGCAAGACGAGUUGUACUGCUGUCACAGGAAAUGGAUGCUGGGUUACAGGCAUGGCAGCUCAGGCAGCAGGAGAAGUUGCAGGAAGAAGAAAGGAAGCAGCAGAGUGCUCUUAAACCCAAAGGGACUCUACUGCAGAACUCACGACCAGGUUAAAUAAAAAACCUGUCUCUCCGAGCCUGUCUCUGGCUUUCUUUCCUAUCACCUAGAUGUGUCAUUCCAGUCAGAAGAAAGCCUUAAUGUUGCCCACCUGUCUACAGGGCAAAAGAGGAUGGACACCAGGAAGAACAGGCUGUAAGAUCACUGCCUGGAAGUGUUGGCACAGUGCCCUCACCCCCAGCUCCGUUCCAGUUCAGCAGAAUCUGUGGGGUAUUUACCCCCUCUUUUGCAGGCCAUAGGACUUGCCCAACUUUGCUGCCCUGAAACAUGAAAAAGAGGGCAACAGUUUUUCUGGUUUUAGCCACACACAAUUCUUUAACAGCCCUUACACAUUUCAGGCCUCAUGCAGUUAUGCA